AUGCGCCGGGUAAUUUCCAAAUUUCGUGCCUUCUUUCAGAGGAAAGCAGACUCCGAGGAAGAGAGAGAGGAGAAGCAGAGGCUCUUGGAAGGUGCUGGCAUGUUCCAAACAAUAAAGGGAGUUGCAACAGGGUCCUGCAGUGGCUAUGGUUACCCUAAUGAACACAUCCUCAAUGCUGGUGUGAUGGCGGGCAAUGAACUUCUGAAAGUUAAGCAAAACGGUCCUGAAGCUGUGGAAAUAGAUGAGAUCAUUCGCGGAUCGAAUGCAAUCACAGUGGGUGCUUACUAUCGUGGCCAUGAUGAACCACCAGAACGUCACAUGACGGUUUCACUUGACUGUAUCAAGUCUCUAAUGGAUGGUGUUGAUCAUAUCAAUCACGAUCUGUCCUUCUCUCUCGACAUUGUCUGUAAAGAUUUUGAACCUUAUAAGGGUGACCUGGUAGAAAUUGAGUUUUCGGAACAGGAAGACCCACAGAGCAGAAAGGCCAUCUCGGUGAAGCCUCUGAAACACCAUCAUAUAAAUGAGGUUCGCAUUACCAGAGCAGACGGACGAACUGGGGUGUUGGAAGACACCAUCUUUUUCACCUUGGAUUCUCUGAAACUUCCUUCUGGAUAUGUGCCUCAACGAGAUGAUAUUGUCAAUGUGGUUGCAGUACAGAGCACUCAAUCCCCCUAUUUCUGGAGAGCAAUCACAAUGACCCCAGUACAAGUAUCAUAG